AUGACCACAUUCGACGAUAUCUUGGAGGAAGCUGGGAAAUUUGGGCGUUGCCAGAAGCGUAUUUUCGCCCUGCUGUGCAUGGUGUCCAUGCCCUGGGCCGGGGUGUACGUGGGCAUCGUGUUCCAGGGCUUCACCCCGGAUCACUGGUGCCGGGACCCCGAGGUGGCGGAGAGGAGGCAGGCCUGCGGCUGGAGCCCGGCAGACAGUCGCAGGCUGACGGCGCCCCUCAUCAACAGCUCUGGACUGCUGCAGCCCAGCAGCUGUGAGCAGUACGAGGUGGACUGGAACACCACUGGACUCAGCUGUGACUCCCAGGAGCUGGACCUCAGCAAAACCCCCACGACGGCCUGUAAACACGGCUGGGAGUACGACUACGAGGGACGACGCUCCUUUGUCACUGAGUUUGACCUGGUGUGUUCAGAUAGCUGGUUGGUGGACAUGUACCAGGCCACUCUCAAUGUGGGCUUCCUGGUUGGGAGCAUCGCUAUUGGCUACCUGGCUGACAGGUUUGGCAGGAAGAUGAGCUUCCUCAUGUCCAACCUGUUGAAUGGCAUUGCAGGGAUCCUCGUGGCUGUGGCUCCCAACUACGUGUCCUUGCUGGUAUUCAGAACUCUCUAUGGGUUUGGUGUGAAGGGCGGCUGGGUGGCCGGAUAUGUUCUGAUCACAGAGAUCGUGGGUGUGGAGUACAGGAGGACUGUGGGAGUCAUCUACCAGAUGUUCUUCAGCGUUGGCAUCCUCCUCCUCCCUCUCCUGGCCUACUUCAUCACUGACUGGCGCUGGCUGCAGGUCGUCAUCACCGCCCCAUACAUCAUCUUCCUGUCCUACUAUUGGUUCAUUCCUGAAUCUCCAAGGUGGCUCCUCUCGCAGAACAAUUCCUCCAAGGCUGUGCAGAUCACCGAGGCCAUGGCCAAGGAGAACAAGAAGACGCUCUCCAAGAACAUCGAGACUCUAAAGGACGAUAACGCAGACUCCACCACCGCCUCCUUCAUGGACCUGAUCCGAACUCCAAAAAUGAGAAAACACACCUUCAUCCUCAGUUAUAACUGGUUCACCAGCGCCGUGGUCUACCAGGGUUUGAUCAUGAGGCUGGGCAUCCUGGGAGGAAACGUCUACAUUGACUUCCUGAUCUCCGGCCUGGUGGAGUUUCCUGCUGCCUUCCUCAUCCUCUUCACCAUCGAGCGUAUCGGUCGGCGUCUUCCCUUCGCCACCGCCAACAUCGUAGCCGGAGCCUCCUGCUUCAUCACCGCCUUCAUUCCUGACAGUAUGUUCUGGUUUAAGACGGUGGUGGCCUGCAUCGGUCGGCUGGGAAUCACCAUGGCCUUCGAGAUGGUGGUGUUUGUUAACACUGAGCUCUACCCUACAUUUGUCAGGAACCUGGGCGUGUCGGUUUGCUCCACUCUGUGUGAUGUUGGCGGCAUCGUGGCUCCCUUCCUGCUCUACAGGCUGGCCGUCAUCUGGCUGGAGCUGCCCCUCAUCAUCUUUGGGUCCCUGGCGUUCCUGGCUGGUGGUUUGGUGCUGCUGCUUCCUGAGACCAGAGGUGUGCCGCUGCCCGACACCAUCGAAGACAUCGAGUUCCCAGAGAGAGCCAAGGAGAACGCUGUGCUGAAGAAGCAGCAGCUGGCCAACCUGCUGCCCGGCAGCGACGUCACCACCAACAAGGAAACGGCCACGGUCUGAUCUCCUCCUGAGUCCUCUGGGAAAGCUUUCUGACCAAAGUAUUUAUUUAUACUCUCUGAAGAGUGCUGCAUAUUUGUUAUUGGAAACCACUCAGAAUGAUACUUAUCCCAUGAUUUUGUUUGAAACUAUUUGAUCCUUCUCUUUCCAUGUUUCUAAUGUUAGGCUGUGGCUCUUCAUCACCUACCUAGUAUUUGUAUGUUAAGUUUUGCU